AGAGAAUUAAACAGGUACUAACAAACUGUACCAAAAGUGUUAUGAUGUGUUAGAAAUAAUGGUUCAUCCUACAAAUUUAUUUCGAUCGGACUCUGAAGGGGGGCAAAGAUUUUCAGCUCCUGUAGGAAAUUAUUUUAGUGACAUUGAUUGUGGUAUAACUGCUUUGCCGUGUCUAACUCAACUUUUGCGGUUGGAAAAACUUGCCAAACUUUCUGUGUUUAUUACAGUGCUAUCGCUUUUAGGGUUAAUGCACGGUAUUGUCAGUACCUACUUUAAGGGAACAUCACAUUUGUGGUUUUCACAUUAUAAUUUUCCAAGUUUUGUAGAAGAUUGGUUUGUAUUUUUAAAUGAAAUCUUCGUAGGUAUAUUAGCGCUAUGUAUUUCAUACUGGGGAAACAGAAUGCACAGGACAACCUGGAUGGGCGCUCUUACAAUGCUUAUAGCUGUGUCUGGGGGGACGUUGGCUAUACCAGAAAUUUACAACCCAUUUACCAAAACUGAAAUAACGAAUGCUAUUACAGGUCCUGCACUUUGUAGCAAUGAAAAUGAAGAGCGUUACACUAAGGAUCUUUUGGGAUCUGAAAGUUUCAAUGAAGUUACGUUUGGAUAUUUUUUCAUAUUUCAAAUUAUUUUUAGUAUGGUUACUAUUUCUUUUAUAACUCAUGGAUUGAGUUACGUUGACGAUCAUAUUUCUGCCAAACAUGGUCCUGCUUUACUAGGGUUAACUUUGGCAGCCCAAGAAGCAGGGAAACAAUUUGGCAUUUACUUUUCAUGGGUGCCUUAUGUUUCAAAAAUAUUUUCAAUUUUUUCAUCGCCAGUUUGGAUACUUUUAAUUAUCAUCACUUUUUGUGUUGGCAUUGCAAUGGCGAUGUUUCCUAAAGUCCUCCCCACUCUUGCAAUAAAAAAGUCAGUGAACUCUUUAGUCAGCAUAGCGUCCGGUGGACUACCUUUUGACGAUGACGAAACUGAACACAGCUUUUGCAAAGUACUGUGUUCUUUGUUAAAAAACAAAGUGCUUCUACUAAACAUAAUGUCGUUUGUUUUAAUGCAAUCGGCUUUAGUAAAUUUUAGCCUAAUUGAAAAAUAUUUUAAUCAGUCCAAGUACCAUGUGCCCAUUGAAGAAAAGGAUUCAACUGGAUAUUCUGAUCCUGAUAUAAUACAAUUUACUACAAAUCUAUUAAGACAACCGUUAGUUGCUGUAUGCAUGGUCACUUGUGGAUUGAUUAUAUCAAAAAUGAGACCAAAGCCAAAGUAUCUCGUUAUCUGGAUUAUUGUUGCGUUCAUACUAGUGGUACUAAUAUUUUCUAGUAACGUAUUUCUAAAUUGCACCAAGGGUAUAUAUAAUGAACACCAACAUGUUAUAACGAUCCCAUUUUGCAGCAGUAAAUGUAAUUGUCCAUAUGGGGAGUCUUUUCAGCCAGUUUGUGUUGAUGGGAAAACCUUUUUUUCACCUUGCCUAGCAGGAUGUAGAAACUAUUCAUCAGCAACAUCGGUGUAUCACAAUUGCAGUUGUGGAUCAGUAGUAACUCGAGGAUCAUGUGACCAAGAUAACUGUAAAUUUGUACUAGCAUUCGCCCAAGUUAAUAAUAUCCUAAGCAAUGGGCUUGUAGCCAGUACUAUUAUAGUAAAUUUUCUUAUUACGUUUCGAUCUGUACCUACAAAAUAUAAAGCAACUGCUUUAGGAUUGGAACUGACAUUUUUAGGCAUAAUACCGUUUAUUCCUAUCAAGAUUGUAUAUCAUUUUAUAGCUAAUAUGUUCUGUGAAAUACAUACCCUAAAAGGAUGCCAAUACUUUUCUGAAUCGUUUCCCAUCGUAAUAUCGGUAAUAACAAUAAGCUUUAUGCUUGGCGCAAUUAUCCUCGCUGCAAUAUUAUUAUAUUUUGUGAAAGAUCUAAAACUUUAUUCAAAUCAAUUAUCAAAUUACAAUACUACUGAUAAUCACAAUAUUGUAGUCGCUGGAACUCCUAAUACAACAAGUGGUACCUCUGAAGAAAAUAGAGCGAUAGAAGAAGAUUCACCUUUUAUUAGGCAACUAGGUGAAAGAAUUAAGAGCAGAUUGCAGAGACCUUCAUCCAGAGAAGAAAGAAUUAAAACGUAUAUCGCAGAAGGGGAGCUAGUACCACCAUUAAAAAAAAUAAAGCCUCCAGCGUCUGCAGGUGCAGCAGUUGUAACAAGCACUCCAGUAGUACGAAUGGAGCCUUCCGGCGAAUCUGAGAUCCUUCAUGAAGUCAGGCCAAAUUCAAGAAAUAGUAAUAAAAGACAUUCAAAGGCUUCAGGUGAAUCAGACCUCUCCUCCUUAUACAGAUUUGCUGAUUCUAUUAUAGAUGCUUCAGAUGGUAACGAUUCUGAGCCAUCCAUAAAGGUGUCACAGGGUAAAAUAGUAUUUCAAGUUGCUCCACAAAUUAACACACCAAAGCCCAAGAAACCAAGACAUGAGCCUUUGAUACUCAUCGCUCCUGAUAGUACUCAGCCUAAAAGGCCAGCCCCAGUUCCACAUUUUUUAGUCGAAACAAAUUUAUAGAAAAUUAAGAUAGUAAAAUAUAGAAUAAAAUUAUUUAUUAAAAAAAAAUAACUGUUUAAUUAAUUGGUUUUUCUAAUUGUAGUUCUAAUUCUUCUUCGAAUAUUUCUAAGUCUUUGACGAAGUACCAUACCCCCACGUCAAAUAAGGUGCCGAUGAAUACAAACGUUGCAGCUGUGAAAUUCAUGGUAUAUCUUAAUGUUUCGCCAUUAUACAGCCAGCAGUUCCCGUUCCCUGCACAAGUCCUGCCCCAAACCAAACAAGCCUUGUCUAUAAUUAAAAAAAAAAAAAUGAGUUUGACAAAGAUGCAUUGCUAAUUGAAAGGUACCACUUAAAACACAUGAGAAAGUGUGUGCCCCUUUCAAUUAGCAAUUUAAUUAUAUCUAUUAUAAAUAAAAUAUUUCAGAUGUGUUCAAACAUUUAGUUACUAUUUUCUGCGUAUUUAAUCACUUCGUACAUCUGAAAAAUUUUACAAAAUUUAAUUGAUCGCGAUUUUGUAUAGCGAAAGUAAAAGUUGGAAAGGCUUUUGGUAGGUAGUGAGGGGGUAAACGUCAAACCACGUCGGACGGCUUCGAGAAUUUCGCAGUAAUGUUUACCUGCCA